CUCUCUCUCUCUCUCUCUCUCUCUCUCUCUAACUCUGCACACCAGUGGAAGCCACGGUUGUUUGCAAAAGACAGUACUCAGUCUCGGAGAUACCGAGGAUGGCCAGCUGCUGAGGUCUCAUAGGGUUCAAGAGCUUACAAAGCCCUUGGAAGGACCUCCCGGAAGUCUGAGACCUUAAUUCAGCGGAGCUGGGAGGCUGGCAGGUCCCGGGGGUGGAGUCGGGUGCUGAGAGGGGCGGGACACCUGGGCUGGGUCCCAGGCUGUAGGAUGAGCUGCAGAGCGAAGCAGCAACUCCAGAAAGACUGAUGCGCCUUAGAAGAGCCCGAAGGAGAGCAGGAGAGAGUGACACCCGCCGGUCAAGCGCGCAAGCCUCCGCCAGCGCUAGCUAGUGUCCCCAGAGCUCGGGCGGCGCCCACCUACGACGGAGCCGCGGGCCAGGGGGUGCGCCCCUGGAGGCACCAAGACAAAUCCUGGAUGGUAUCAGUUCUGUCCAACAGGGACCUCCACACACUGGCCCCAGCUGAAGUGCUGAACUCCACGUGGGCCUAUCUCCCUGACACAUACCAGCCUACCUGCCACAUCAUCAACAUGGGAGACCAGAACGGAAACACAAGCUUUGCACCAGACUUGAACCCACCCCAAGACCACGUCUCCUUGCUCCCCUUAAACUACAGUUAUGGAGAUUAUGACAUCCCCCUGGAUGACGAUGAGGAUGUGACCAAGACACAGACCUUCUUUGCAGCCAAAAUCGUCAUUGGCGUAGCCCUGGCAGGCAUCAUGCUAGUCUGCGGCGUUGGCAACUUUGUCUUCAUUGCUGCCCUCGCCCGCUACAAGAAGCUGCGCAACCUUACCAACCUCCUCAUCGCUAACCUGGCCAUCUCUGACUUCCUGGUGGCGAUCGUCUGCUGCCCCUUUGAGAUGGACUACUACGUAGUACGUCAGCUUUCCUGGGAGCAUGGUCACGUGCUUUGUGCCUCCGUCAACUACCUUCGUACAGUCUCCCUGUACGUCUCCACCAAUGCUCUGCUGGCCAUCGCUAUUGACAGAUAUCUCGCUAUUGUCCACCCCUUAAAACCACGGAUGAAUUACCAGACCGCCUCCUUCCUGAUCGCUUUGGUCUGGAUGGUCUCCAUCCUCAUCGCCAUCCCAUCUGCCUACUUCACCACAGAAACCAUCCUUGUUAUCGUCAAGAAUCAGGAAAAGCUCUUCUGUGGUCAGAUCUGGCCCGUGGACCAGCAGCUCUACUACAAAUCCUACUUCCUCUUCGUCUUCGGGCUUGAGUUCGUGGGUCCCGUGGUCACUAUGACCCUGUGCUAUGCCAGGAUCUCCCAGGAGCUCUGGUUCAAGGCUGUACCUGGUUUCCAGACGGAGCAGAUCCGCAAGCGACUGCGCUGCCGCCGAAAGACAGUGCUAUUGCUCAUGGGUAUCCUCACAGCCUACGUGCUGUGCUGGGCGCCUUUCUAUGGCUUUACCAUAGUGCGAGACUUCUUCCCCACGCUGGUUGUGAAGGAGAAGCACUACCUCACCGCCUUCUAUGUCGUCGAGUGCAUUGCCAUGAGCAACAGCAUGAUCAAUACUAUAUGCUUCGUGACGGUCAAGAACAACACCAUGAAAUACUUCAAGAAGAUGCUGCUGCUGCACUGGCGGCCCUCUCACUACGGGAGUAAGUCCAGCGCGGACCUCGACCUCAAAACCAGUGGGGUUCCUGCCACCGAAGAGGUGGACUGUAUCAGGCUAAAGUAGCCUGCAGGUGUUGCCCAAGGAAAAACUUAACAUUCGAUAUUCAGUAUAUCGCACUCCAUCAACUACUCACAAGCUGCAUAGAAAGAUACAGCUGUAUUCAUGCUUUCCUGCUCUAAGGUACCUGGAUGCUUCUAUGUCAUGACAUACAGCACAACUGUUGUCUGCACAAACACCUUAAGAGACUACACACAAAUAGUAACGAGUGGCGUGGACUGAAUGCUUCUGUCUGCAAACCACACCAACAGAUUAUUCAAGGAUGAGAGCUGACAUUUGAGGGUUACCUGCUAUGUGCAGAAACAGUUACCAAAAAAAAUGGUAGAAGCUAUUUGGAGUUAGGCUCUAUCUAUCUAUCCAUCCAUCCAUCCAUCCAUCCAUCUAUCAUCCAUCCAUCCAGGUCACUAGAAAGAGAUUGCAAAUCUCACGCUCCAUAUUCUUUCAUUCUGUGUCUUUUCUGCACAGACAUGUCAAAGGCAAUAGAAUAAAGCACUUAGACAUACUAGAAAUAUAUGGAUAACUUCACAAUAUCAAAUCUCAUCAGCCUAUAAGGUGGCGAUGGGAGUCCCUGAGACAAGAAAUGUAUACAGUUCUGGAUAUUUAAUGCUAAGAAUUUCAGAGUUCUGGGGUCAUGGAGGAAGAGGACACAGAAAGAGCAGAGAUUUCCAGUGGCAACGAGUAUAAUCUAAACAUUUGCUAUGAUUUGGACAAUUUUCUAGCGCAUACUCUGACUUACAAAAGGAGCUCUGUUUGAGAUCCAAAGAUCUGGGUAAAAGUUCUAACUCCAGGACUCGCCUCUGUGUGUCUCCACUUUAAUGAAAUGGGAAUAAUGAAAACGGAUCAUUAGGAACAUCAGCCUGCUGAAGUCAUGGCGUGGAUGUGAUUUUCACCUCUUCCCUUGUUAAGACUGUGAUACUGAGCAGCUCAUUAGAGGGUGUUCAGAAUUGAGAAACUGCGCCACAAUGUCCAUCCUUCUUCUUUGGAUCAGAGACCACUGAACUCAUUUUGAAGGAGCAUAUCUGUAGUGGGGCAUAAAGGCCUCCCCAUCACAGUAUGCAAUUAAGAAGAUACAGUCAAUGCCCGUAAUCUCAGCAUCCCUGUGGUCUUAGUGUACCAUGGGUAUUUCCUUCCUCCUUCACAGCUCCUUAUGUAUCCCUCCCUUUAACGCACACUCAGUUACCAAGGAAGACCUUCUUAAACAAGGAGGAUCAUCAUUCCGUCCAGGACACCAGUGUCAUGUUUCCCUGAUACACCUCCAAUAACCUCUCCAGUAGACACUGUACCCUUCGUGUGUCAACAGAAUUUGCCUCCUUCUUGUAUUUGAACAUAUCAUCCUCCUUUCAUUUAGAUUUAACUAGAAAGCAUUCCUGUAAAUAUCAAGUCUCUGUGCUAUCCCAGUGGAAAAAAGUGUAUGCUGUUACCAGAUGGGAUAAUUAACAUACAGAAUUGUAACCACAGAGCCCAGAGGGUUCCCUACAAUGUCUUAUGCUAUGUUUAUGUGUUUGAUGUAAAUGAAGUUGUGUAGCUGUCUAAGCAGCUCAACUCUGGAAUAAGGGAAUUUCCAAAGGUGUUUGUUCUUAGAGCAGGGCCAUCUCAUGCUAGCAACUGGCCUCAUGUCUGUGCUCUCUCGGGAGUGUGUUCUUGAAUGUGAAUUAGCAGGAAACCAUUAUCCUAUUGCCCUCUUGUUUAUAAAUGAUUUUUAAAAUACAGGCUUCUUUUCACUUAGAGAAUACUUAUGAGUCUGGUUAGAACUAAGGUUAUAAGUUAAUUACAUUUGUGUUCAGUCUUCCCAAGACUAAUUAAAGGCAAGCUUAAGACACUUUUUAACAUGUCAAGAUAAGUACACACUUAUGCCUACUACUUCAUGUAGUAAGCUAAUCUCAUUUAGCAAAGCCAGAUCUGUUUUCUUGGCUACAGUACGAGAAAAGACGGUUAUACAAUGAAGCUGUUACAGAUUUUUGUUAAGCAUCCAACAUUUAAAAUAAGUUACUUCUAAAUUUGGAGAAAUCAAAAAAUGCUUCAGGCCCUCAGGCAUGACAAACAACUCCAGACUUCACAAGGAACAAUGUGACAUGUGGGAGGUAAUUAGACAUCUCAACACGAGUUCUGUUUCUACUUAAAAAUGGUGGCUCCAAAACCCAUCUUUGCAUAGGACCAUAUACUCCCUUGGUCAUAAGAACACACACACACACACACACACACACACACACACACACACACACACACACACCACAUCACUGGGACACCAGACCAAGAAAUGCCUUGAGAACAUAACAUUCAGCUCCUUUCUUUGCUAGGUCUGAAUUCUAAAGAAGGAAUGACCUAUGAAGGGUACAGAGUUAAUUCUUAUUAGAGCAAAAGUCUUGCCCUAAGAUUUUAUCUCCAGGACAAUGAGCAGCUUUCAGUGACUGCCUACACUUGAGUCCAAAGGACCUGGCACACUUUGGCGUGCCGCAGAAUAUGUAGAAUCUUAAGUCUCUAGGUUGCUUUGCUUGUUCAUUGAAAAGAAGUUAAAUCCCCAUUCUGGAUGCCUUGUGGUAUAAGCUAAGAUCAAGAGGCAAAGUGUGGGUUGUACAUAGAGAUUCCUCAUAGACAGCUGUUGGAAGUUCAUGGUACCAACUCUAUCCAGAAGAUGUUCAAAAAAUAACAUCCAGUUUUGGAAAAUGAACAUUUCUCUAAAAGGUUUUCCACAGUGCAUUUUAAUUAAUAUUAAUGUUAAUAUAUACUCCAUUUUCUACAUACAGUUGAAAAUAUUAAGAAUGUGUAUCCUCAUGGGUUGUCACGAUAUAUGUGUAUAUGCAUAGUCUCAUUGUAGGAUUGCAUGUUUAUAAAUUUGUUUACAAACUAAAAUGUAUUUGUAAUCCCCAAA